AGCUGAGCUGCAGGUUCGAUUCGUUCUGCUUCUUCUGUCUUCUUACUUCUUGUUAUUGAAUUUUUAGAAUUAAAAGAAACAUUAGUUCCGUCGCUGGAAUUCUACUUUCAAGAAAGCCUCAAGAAUAUGCCUAGGGGCUUUUUCUUCAAAAAUUGGUGAACUCGUGCCAUGCCGAUGGAUCUAGGAGGGGGAGUAGGAGCUGCAGAAAACAAUGCAACCAAUAAUAAUCGGACUCGUAACAACAACAACAACCCUAACGCCAAUCCACUUAUCAAUGUUCGAGAUCGGUUGUUCCACGCUUUGUUCUUCAAAGCAGCACUUGCAUAUGCAAGGACCUUUCCCCGUCCAGCUAGAAGAUGGAUAGAGUUUACUGUUCUUUUAAAGGCUAUGACAGCUUUUUUCGUUCUCGUCUACAUACACAUAGCCUUUUCAAGGACACCAACAACGUGCUUAGAACACGUACGGGACUCAUGGCCAAGGGAUGGUAUUCUCAGGGUUGAAAUACUCCGAGGUGAAUCUCAAUCCAAGGAUUUUACCAUGGAGGAGGCUUACACAAAAAAUGACAAAACUGAUUUCACCUCGAUAUUUGGAGGAGGUUUAGGUCGAGAUGGGUUUGUCCACCUUCAACCGUCAGCAGUAGAAGAGGUUCCGAUAGAAAAGUUACCACCGGAAGCCGUUGCUAACUCCACGUCUGAAGAUGUUGAAGAUGAGUCGCUUUUGAGCACUGUACCAUCUGGAGUAAACAGCUCUCUUACAGCUGAUGGAGAAGAGGUUCCAGAACAGCUGUCCACAACAGCUGUUUGGGGUCAGCCACAGGAACAACCAGAUGAGAUGUCCGUGCUAUCAGAGUUUUCUGUCAGUGGUAACGAAACUAUUGGUUACUCAACUGCAUCGCAGCAAAAGUCAAUCUCUCCACUGAAAGAAUCUGUUUCUGAGGUUGAAAAACUCGUCAGAGCAGUGUGGCCAGAUGAGGAGUACGUAGUGGAAUAUUCACUGGAAUAUGGCUUCCUACGACUGUCACCCGCUACUAGACGACGCCUCAACAUCCCCGUGAUGACUGUGACGCUUGACCCUGGGCGUGACUCUUGCUUUGGUGACGCCUUCUCUCGCUUCGUCCUAGACGAGUUCCUCGGCUACGACGACCUUCUGAUGUCUUCCAUCAAGACGCUGGCGGAGAGUGAGGACAAUAAGGGUUACUUAAGGAAUGUCGUGACUGGAGAGCAUUACCGUUUUGUCAGUAUGUGGAUGGCCCGGACAUCAUAUAUUGCAGCGUUCUUCAUCAUGCUGGUUUUUACUGUGUCGAUUUCUAUGCUGCUACGAUACUCUCAUCAUCAGAUAUUCGUUUUUAUAGUUGAUCUACUACAAAUGCUGGAGUUCAACGUAACUAUCACAUUCCCGGCCGCGCCUCUCCUCACAGUGAUUCUCGCUCUUGUUGGCAUGGAAGCCAUAAUGUCCGAGUUUUUCAAUGACACCACAACUGCCUUCUACAUCAUUCUAAUUGUGUGGAUAGCUGAUCAGUACGAUGCUAUUUGUUGUCACACUUCCAUCACUAAGCGGUAUUGGCUCAGGUUCUUCUACUUAUACCAUUUCUCCUUCUACGCAUACCACUACAGGUUCAACGGGCAAUACAGCGGAUUAGCGUUGGUUGUAUCCUGGCUGUUCAUUCAGCACUCAAUGCUCUACUUCUUCCACCACUACGAGCUGCCGCUGAUUCUGCACCAAGCGCAGUUGCAGCAUCUGCUGAUCAGGUCGCAGAGUGUUCCUUCCAGUCCGCCUGAGGGGCCCGCGCCCCCCGUGGUAAGUGUGGGGGCCCAGACGUCCCCUCCACCUACUGUGGACACCCAGACCACUUCCACUCAAGAAUCUCCCCCCGAGAAUCUUGCGUGUAGAAGUGCUGAGAGCGAGAGUGAAUCAACUCUUGAGAACCACAAUGACUCGGAAGUUACAGAGAGUCAUCAGAAUCAUCAGAGUGAAGGGGAAACUCCCAUCAGCAGGCACGAGUCUGAUAGCCCCCCGGACCCGCCGGAUCCCUCGAACGUGUUUGUAAGCUAAGUUGUACUUCUAUGUAAAUUAUAUGUAGCUCGGAAUCGUCGAUCGGGAUGUUGGUCUGAGUAAAAUUAUUUUAGUUUUAUUUGUUAAAUUUAAAAUUGUAGGUUUCUUGUGGCGGAAAUAUUUAUGACAAAGUGAAAAUUAUAUACCAUGUUUUUGUACAGUUUUGUGAUAAAAAUUGGCAAUUGGAAAUUGAAAAAUUGAACAGUUAAAUCAUAAUGCUAAUUGUGUUUUAUAACAAGAUAUUCUUUACAAAAUCUUUUUGGCUUAAUCGUACAUGAAACCAUGAAAAUGGUAUGUAAUGUUUUUGUAAACAUAAUUUGUGAUUGAAAAAUUUUGUAUUGUUAAAUCAUAAUGAUAAUUUUGUUUAUUGCUCCUUAUAUGACAGAAUUGUCAUUUUCACAUAGUUUAAAGACAACCCUAGAACUAAUUGGUUGUUAAAACGUCACGUAAGUAAAUAAUAAUGUUGUUUUUGGUUACAUUUUUAAGUGGCUUUUCAAGUGUUUUUUUCUACAUUAUUAAUUUGCGUAGUAAUUUAAAGUUUUUGCAAUUUUAUUGAUUUUAUUAAUUUUUAGAAAAUAUGUUUUACACCUCAUAAAGUUCAACAAUUUAUUUUUUGGUCUUAAUACCUUAUUAGUUACAGUGAACCGGUUUUGCAAUAUGUUUUUACAUUUCGGUGUUUUUUUCCAUUUUGGACAAAAUGUAUGACACUGUAAAAAUCGUAUGUAAUCUGAGAAUAUUUAUUAGACAUGCAUGCAAAUAACUGAUUGUUGACCAAUGCGUGAUGUUAUUAACUGUUAAAAGGUAUAUUUUAAUGAAUACUUAUCCCAUAAUUGCUUUGAAAAAUAAUUUGAAAUGACACGAUAAGUAAAACUUCCAUAAUAACACCCUUCAAUGAAAUAAAUAUGAGAAAUUCCCUUAAUUUUAUUUUAUUUACAUAUUUUGUGUUGUUGUUUUUUAAUUUCAGCUCACCUGAUUCUCCACCUUUUAGGUCAUUAAAAUUAUUAAAGGUACGUGAUUUACUAUCGGAUAUUAUCUUUAUGUGUUAAUGAAUGGGUGGAAAUAAAACAUUAUGGUGGUUUGUGCCAUUUUAUUAUAAAACCUGGAAUUAAGGUGGAAAUAUGAUAAACUAUGACAAGUUUUUAUUUUAGAUUAUCAUCUUAAACCGUCUGAAAGUUACGGUCAUGGCUUGGGUUUUAAGCAUAUUUUUGAUUUAGUAAGUUUUUGUUUACCUUUGCAUUUUACUAAGUAAUGUAAAUUAGGAAAAAAUAGUGAUAAUUGCUUUUGAGUUUUGUAUUUUUAUUUGAACUUAUUGUCACCGUGAUCUGUAUAAAUAAUUAUAGCAAUAUAAACAUAAUUUUACUUGCAGAUGACAUUGUAAUUUGUACUUCAUUGUUUGAUAUUUUCAGUUCUUUGGAACUGUAACAUAAUAUUGGCUGUUUUGAAAGCUUCUUUAUGUUACUGUUAUAUAUAUAUAAAUAUUUACCAACCUGUGUAUAUUUUUGUAUAAAAUAUUAUAAUAGAAACUA